ACCAGCUUUGUGAAGUAUCUUCCUGGAAACAUACUCUUCAGUCUCGACAACAUUGUCAAGAGGAUGCUGAAGUUUACAAAUUCCGGGUUGGCAGCAGUUCUGCUGGUAAUAGCGCUUUGUGCGCUUGAGUCUGCAGAGGCGUCAGCCAUAAGAUACAAUCGCUAUUACCAAGUGAAGACGUCUAUGAAAAACGACUACUGUGCCAACUAUCACUACUCCGACCACCACCACUACUGUGACAACAACCACUACUCCGACCACCACCACUACUGUGACAACAACCCCUACUCCGACCACUACCACUACUGUGCCAACUACCACUACUCCGACCACCUCCACUACUGUGACAGCUACCACUACUCCUACUAA